CGCGAGAACUUGCCAACAUGACUCUUAUGAGUAACAUGGCCGACAUGGGGAACUUGUGGGAAGAUUUACGAAAACAGGCCCGACAACUUGAAAAUGAAAUCGACCUUAAGCUGGUGUCAUUCAGCAAACUUGGAACCAGUUAUUCCUCUCAGAGAGACUAUGAAAGCCCUCCAGCGAGUGAUGAAAAGAGUGAUACAGCCCCCCUGUUAAACAAGACCAACAGUGAGCAUAUGUUUGACACAAUGGCAAUGGAGAUUAAACAGCUGUUGGCCAAGUUGUCUGGAGUCAACGAGCGGAUGGUGGAGUACACACAGAACAUCAGCAUGAGUUCGCCCAGCGCCGCCCUCCUGCACACGCUGCAGCGGCACCGUGACAUCCUGCAGGACUACACGCACGAGUUCCAGAAGACCGAGGCCAACAUCACGUCACUGCGUGAGAGGGAGGACCUGCUGGGCUCCGUACACAGAGACAUCAAUGCAUAUAAAAAUUCCUCUGGUUUAAAUAGAAGAACAGAUCUAUAUUUGAAAGAAAAUGACCACAUCAGAAACUCAGAGAGAUUAAUAGAUGACCAGAUAAGCAUUGCUAUUGCAACCAAGGAAAAUCUUUCAUCACAGAAGAAGCUAUUGGGAACCAUUACACAGAAAAUGAAUUCAUUAGCAAAUCGCUUCCCACUGCUCAACAGCCUCAUGCAGCGGAUUAAUCUGCGGAAACGCCGCGAUUCCAUCAUCCUCGGUGGCGUCAUCGCAGUCUGCGUCAUUCUGCUUCUACUCUAUGCCUUCCAUUAGCAUCCUGCUCAUAUCAUAGCACACAAAGAUACUGUUUGGCUGAUGACAAGAGGACAGGGACAAUGGCCGACUCACACAGUGGAGUUCAGCAUGUCUUCGACUCCUAGUCUGUGACUGGGGACUGGUGUCGGUCAUCGUCCGUGACUGGGGACUGGUGUCGGUCAUCGUCCGUGACUGGGGACUGAUGUCGGUCCAUGUCAGCCAGCCUGUGUCACUGGUUGGUCUAACCAUCGUUCACAACUGGAGAAAAUGUCCGUCACGUGUGAUCUUGUUUAGUCCAGCUCAUCACCCGUGAUCAAGUACAGAGUAUGAUGUAUUCGCUGGACACCUGUGGCUUUUUGUCUCUCGUGGCUGGAUACAGGAAGCAGUGUUGCCAACAAAGCAAGCAGCGAUAGAAAUUGGCAGUAGUCCUGUAGUCCUUGCCAAACUGCCCAAUAGUUAAGGUAUCCUGAGGACUAGUAAAAAUUUGCCCUUUUAAGGGGUUUGGCUAUAUGUUGUCAUCAUAAGGACUAGUGGGCUAAAAACUGUUUGUUUCUAUCGCUGCAAAGUGUGUCAUUUUGCUUGCUCUUGUAUCUGUUGGUCCGAAUCUGAGAUAAUGGCAGUCACAUACAAUUGUGAUGUACUGGGUCAGUCAUGAAACUGCAGCAUUUUGAGCGCCACUUGAUGUUAAUCAGCAUUGAUGUACCUUGUUUUUAAAAUAGAAGGGUUAGUAUUGUAAAGUACAAGGUGAAAUCUUUGCUUUCCUGGUACCUCUAAACUGAGUGAGGUUGGGAGGUGAAAUGGGUUUAAUGUCGAGGUUAUUGCACUUGUUUUGUCUUCACUGAGCAUUUGGUUAAAUACCAUGGGGUGUAUUUUGUAGUCUGGCGAUUCAUGAUUCAAUGAGUCAUGUUAAAUCAUGUCUGAAAAUGAAGCCUGUAAUUAUCUCAACGCCAGACUUUUAUCAAACUUUGUUUAUAAAAUCACCGGACUCCCAAACAUUGGAAUUUGAUUUAAAAUAAUAACAAUAGAAAACAGUCUUUUUUUAUUCUGCCGACCAGAAAUUAGUAAAAUGUUAAGAAAACCCAACUCAUUUACUGCUCUAUCAAAAUCAAUGAAUCAUUGAAGAUGUACUCCUGUUUAUCUUAAUAAAAUCCGAAUAUUUUUUACCUUACCGACCUAAAAUUUGGGGCCAAAAAUCUGUUAACCCCCAAGAGGAAACAAGGCCUGGCCUUGUUUGCAGCUAUGUUUCGCCAUAUAUUGGUGCACUCAAAAUACUUGUUCACAAUCUGUGGAGUUUAGCUUGGUAGAUUAGGGA